CUGCUGCCUGCACACGCGCGACCACCACAAAACCAGAAGAGGCUGAAGAUAUAGAUGACCUGCCGCGGGUUAGCAAAGUUGGCCAGGCGGCUGGCGGUCUUGCGCAGGGGCAAUGGUUCUACGUCAGUUUUGGCGGUGGGCGGUUCCAUUGCCCCGCCAGCAGCAAUUCCCCCCGCUUGUUCAGCGACUGCGUCCGGCGAACGAGCCACCACGACCGCUGUCUUCUCCAGAAAGAUGAGCAGCAGCAGCAGGAGGAGCAGAAGUAACCGCAGGUCCAGCGAUGGCGCAGAGGUCGCAGCGACAGGGGCCUCCAAUGCCCCAGCCGCCACGGAGCACGACCACCUUGCUCGUGCGAAGCCCCUUGAUUUCGACAUGGCGUCCAAGGUCGAAGGGCAGGAAUCGCAGAUGGUUACGUUUGAGCUGGAGCCCGGCCAAGUCAUAAGGGCGGAAGCGGGCAACCUCGUUUUCAUGGAAGACGGCAUUGAGAUGGACACCAACACCGGCGGUGGCGCCAGCAGCAUGUUCCGGAGGGUAAUCACGGGUCAGAACAUGUUCGUGACGGACUACGUGAACCACGGCGACGCUUCCGCCAAGGUCGGCCUGGGCACGGACGUCCCCAGCAAGAUCGUCCGCCUUCCCCUCGCGGCCUACGGGGGGGAAGUCAUCUGCCAGAGGGGAGCCUUCCUGGCCGGAAGCCACACCAUCGAUAUACAGACGGAGUUCACAAAGAUGAUGGCGGGCUUCUUCGGCGGAGAAGGUUUCGUACUCCAGCGACUUACCGGAAAGGGCGAUGCCUUCGUCAAGGCCAGUGGUCCGCUGAUCCAGCGCGAGCUUCGCGAAGGGGAGACCCUGAGAGUGAGCGCGGGCAGCGUCGUCGCGUUCUCGACGUCGGUUGAGUAUGACGUGCAGACGAUUCCCGGCUUCAAGAACGUGGUCUUCGGGGGGGAGGGGCUGUUCAUCACCAAGCUCACGGGGCCUGGCACCGUGUUCCUUCAGGGUCUGCCGUUCGACCGAAUGGUGGACCAGAUAGCACGACGGAUCCCUGGCGGUCGCGGAGGUGGUGGGAUGCCGAUCCCCGUCGGGGUGGGCGGGGGGGGUGGGCAGGACGGAGAGGACGCGGGGGGCGAAGGAGCACGAGCGGAAGGGGGCGACGGGGUUGCGGCGGCGGCGGCGGCGACUGGAGGCGCGGGAGAAGAAUCAACAACGAGCGCCUCCGACGCGGGGACGGAUAGCGAAGCGGGCAGCUCGAACGACUUGUUCGGGGACGCGGCCCCGCCGACGUCAUCGGCUUCUGCGAGUUUCCCGGGGAAUGAGCCUGCCGACGGGUUUAACGAAGCCGACGCCGGGUUCUCCGAGCCGCCGCCGGAGUCUGGGGAGACAACAUGGAGUGAAGGUGGCUUUGAUGGGGAGGACGCGGCAGGCGAUGGAGGAGGUGGUGAUGAUUGGGGGGAUGGGAUGGGGAAUAAUGAAGAGGGGACCGGGGGAGGGAUCGUCGGGACGCUCAAGAGCUUGUACACUCUCUUCCGCAACGAUGAUGAUUUGGACGACGGAGACUACUAG